GCGAAAGCGCGUCAUUCUUCGUCGGAACUUCACCGAAAGAUAUUGUUUUGCAAAUUUCGUCGAGGGCUCGGUUCCCGCUGUUUUUGGUGUUGAUACUAAUUAUAUAAUCUUCGAACUACAGCGGAUAUUGUUACCGAGUUUGGAUUAAUUGGAACGAAAGUUGACGUUUCGAGUCUAUAAGAUUAUGAAAUGUCAUUUUGUAUAAAUAGAGGUGCACAACUGCUCAAACACUUUAGCGUAUUUGUGAAUUUCAUUGUGCACUUACUUCUUUACUAUUGUUAUACAGAAAACCAAGAUAUGAAGAAACAGAUUCUGAUUUUGGUGAUUUGUUCAGUUGCUGCUACAGUUUAUUCUACUAAGAAAUCCAUCGUGUGCUACUAUGCAACUUGGGCCACCUAUCGUUUAUCUAUUGGAAAAUAUGCCAUUUCGGACAUCGAUGCAACUCUUUGUACUCAUUUAAUUUAUGCUUUUAUUGGAGUUUUUGAUAACGGCACUAUUCACAUUUUAGAUCCAUGGUUAGAUAUAGACAGCAAUGAAUUAAAAGACUUCGUUGCUCUUCGAAAUUCAAAUCCCAGUACAAAAAUAAUGGUUUCGAUGGGAGGAUGGAACGAGGGCUCACUGAGUUAUUCUACGAUCGUGACUAAUGGAACAUUGCGAGCAACAUUUGUAGACAAUGUCUACGAGUUUCUUAAGAAAUAUGACUUCGAUGGCUUUGAUCUCGAUUGGGAAUAUCCUGGAAAACGCGGAGGACUUUCUUCUAACAAGCGAGAUUUGAUUUACCUUUUAAAAGAACUGAACACAAAAUUAAAGAAAGAUAAUCUGCUUCUAUCUGUUGCCGUUGCUCCUACUGAAAAAUCUGCUGAUAUAUCCUACAAUAUUCCCGAAAUUGCAAAAAAUGUCGAUUUUAUAAGUUUGAUGACUUACGAUUAUCACACUUCAGAUGAGAGCGUUGUUGGCCAUAAUACACCACUUUAUGCUGCUAGAACCGAAACUGGAGAGAACAAAAAAUUAAAUAUAGAUACAUCCGUGAAACACUGGAUAUCACAAUACGUACCACUAAACAAACUUAUGAUGGGACUUGCUUUCUACGGAAAAUCCUAUACUCUAAAAGAUCCAAAAGUAGUUGGUAGAGGUGCUCCCUCUGCUGGCGCAGGAGUAGCUGGUCCAUAUACUAGAGCAAAUGGAUCGCUUGCCUAUUACGAAAUUUGUGAUUUGAUUAAAAAUAAAAAUUGGAAAGUUAUAAAUGAUACGGAACAACAUGUACCAUAUGCCUAUAGUUAUGAUCAAAUUGUCGCAUUUGAUGACGUUGCUUCUCUGGAAGAGAAGGUUGUAUAUAUUAAAAAGCAUCAUCUUGGUGGUGCCAUGAUAUAUAGCAUAGAUACUGACGACUUUCAAGGAAGUUGUGGAGAAAAAAAUCCGCUUCUCAAGACAGUAAACAAAAUUCUUCGAAAUUGGUCGACUUAAUACUUUUCAUAAAUCUGUGUUCAAAGUGCAAGGAACAUAAUAAAAUAUCUUUCUGGAGUCUUUGUAAAA